AUGUUAAUUAACAGAGGCGGCGCAAGCUGCGCGCGCGCCCGGGGCACACACGCCGUCUGUGUGCGCGCGUACGCACGCGUGCGCGUGUGUGCGUGCGUGGGAACGGGCGCGGGGCGGACGCGUGCGCCGCCCGCCUCCCCCGCCAACCGCUCCCCUCCCCGUCUAUUAACUGCGGCGCUUUUCGACACGCAUCGCACGAAAUAUUUCCAGUGGUAUGAGGUUAAAGUGCGUCUGGUGAGCCCGCGCGGCCCCCCGCUACUGUGCGCAGGCCACGCCCCGCCGCAAUUCGCCUGCACGUCUCUCACGCCCAAUCGCCGAACAUCGUGCAUCCAAGUUGAUCUAGAUGCUGCAGCACCUUUCUCAUGUUACUCCUCACUAGGUGUUCAUCACGCAGCCAUCGGCAUCAGCUGCACGUCGCGCUACGCGGGCGAGUUCUGCCAGCACCUGAACCCGUGCCACAGCGAGUCCAGCCCGCGCUGCCAGAACGGCGGCACGUGUCGAGUGCGCCCCGGCGCCGGCGGCGGGCCGCCGUCGUUCGCGUGCGACUGCCCGCUCGGCUUCAGCGCGUCCCUCUGCGAGAUAAGGGUGCCCGCGGCCUGCGACUCGGCGCCCUGCCUCAACGGCGCCACCUGCCGGCUCACCUCGCUGCACACCUUCGAGUGCGACUGCCCGCCCGGCUACACAGGCGCGGAGUGCUCGCACGAGGACCACUGCGCGUCGCAGCCGUGCCGCAACGGGGGCCGGUGUGUCGCGGACAACGGCACCGCCGCGGGCUACUCCUGCGCGUGCCCGCCCGGCUUCACGGGCCCCCGCUGCACCGACGACGUGGUCGAGUGCUCCAGCGGCCCGGGGCCCUGCCACCACGGCCGCUGCUUCAACACGCACGGCUCGUACACGUGCGUCUGCGAGCCGGGCUACACGGGCCGCGACUGCGACGCGGAGUACGUGCCCUGCGAGCCCUCGCCGUGCCUGCACGGGGGCCGCUGCGCCCCGCUCGACCAGCUGAGAUACGAGUGCGACUGUCCGCCCGGUUAUCGGGGGCAGAACUGCGAGAUCGACAUCGACGAUUGCCCGGGCAACCUCUGCCAGAAUGGGGCGACGUGCGUCGACGGACUGAACUCCUACACCUGCGAAUGUCCGCCCACCUUCACGGGGACCCUCUGCGAAACGGACGUCGACGAGUGCGCCCUCAGGCCGCUAGUGUGCCAGAACGGUGCCACUUGCACCAAUUCUGUCGGCGGGUUCUCCUGCAUCUGCGUGAACGGAUGGACUGGACCUGAGUGUUCCGUGAACAUAGACGACUGCGCCGGCGCUGCCUGCUUCAACGGAGCCACCUGCAUAGACCGAGUGGGCGCGUUCUACUGCAAAUGCACUCCGGGGAAGACUGGUCUACUUUGCCACCUCGACGACGCGUGCACGUCGAAUCCAUGCCACGCGGACGCCAUCUGUGACACCAGCCCCAUCAACGGUUCCUACACCUGCUCCUGUGCCUCUGGAUACAAAGGGCUCGACUGUUCCGAGGAUAUCGAUGAAUGUGAACAAGGUUCCCCGUGCGAGCACGACGGCACCUGCGUGAACACGCCGGGCUCGUUCGCGUGCAACUGCUCCGUCGGCUUCACGGGGCCCCGCUGCGAGACGAACGUGAACGAGUGCGAGAGCCACCCGUGCCGGAACGACGGCUCCUGCCUCGACGACCCGGGCACCUUCCGCUGCGUCUGCAUGCCUGGAUUUACGGGAACGCAGUGCGAGGUGGAGAUAGACGAGUGCGCUAACAACCCCUGCUUGAAUGGCGGCGUUUGUCACGACAUGAUCAAUGCUUUUAGAUGCACCUGCGUCAUUGGAUUCACUGGUGCUCGCUGUCAAGUGAAUAUUGACGACUGCGCCUCAAGCCCAUGCCGAAAUGGCGGGAACUGUCAUGACUCCAUCGCCGGCUACACCUGCGAAUGUCCACCAGGAUAUACUGGAGUCUCCUGCGAGACCAACAUCAAUGACUGCCUAUCAGCGCCCUGCCACAGAGGCGAGUGCAUCGACGGCGACAACAGUUUCACCUGCAACUGCCAUCCGGGGUACACUGGACGCGUGUGUCAGACCCAGAUCAACGAGUGCGAGUCGAACCCGUGCCAGUUCGGUGGUCAUUGCGAGGACCUGAUAGAUGGGUACCAGUGUCGAUGCAAGCCGGGAACGUCGGGACGCAACUGCGAGAUCAACGUCAACGAAUGCUACUCAAACCCGUGCAGGAAUGGAGCCACUUGUAUCGACGGAAUCAAUAGGUAUACCUGCGAAUGUAUCCCCGGCUUCACUGGUCAGCACUGCGAGACGAACAUCAACGAGUGCCUAUCCAACCCUUGCGCGAACGGCGGCAAGUGCAUCGACCGCAUCAACGGGUUCCGUUGCGAGUGCCCCAGGGGAUACUACGACGCUAGAUGCUUGUCAGAUGUCAACGAAUGCGCCUCUAAUCCUUGCAUUAACGGUGGCACGUGCGAGGAUGGUGUCAACCAGUUCAUUUGCCACUGUCUUCCUGGUUACGGAGGUCAGCGAUGCGAGCGAGACAUCGACGAGUGCAGCUCCAACCCUUGCCAGCACGGCGGGACCUGUCACGAUCGCCUGAACGCGUACAAGUGCGACUGCGUACUAGGAUUCACGGGUGUGAACUGCGAGACGAACAUCGACGAUUGCGCAGGCAACCCCUGCCUCCACGGCGGCUCCUGCAUCGACCUUGUCAACGGCUACAGAUGUGUGUGCGCACCUCCUCACUCAGGCCGCAACUGUGAGAACACCCUCGACCCCUGCCUACCCAACCAGUGCCGGCACGGCGGUCGCUGCGUGGCGGAGGCCUCGUACGCGGAGUUCACUUGCGCGUGCGGCGCCGGCUGGGCGGGCGCAUUAUGCGAGCGCGACGUGGACGAGUGCGCCGCCUCCGCGCCCUGCCACAACCAGGCGACCUGCCUCAACACGGCCGGCUCCUACGCGUGCCUCUGCGCGCGCGGCUACGAGGGCCGCGACUGCGCCAUCAACACCGACGACUGCGCGUCGUUCCCGUGCCAGAACGGCGCCACGUGCCUGGACAGCAUCGGCGACUACAACUGCGUGUGCGCGAGCGGAUUCGCGGGCAAGCACUGCGAGGUGGACAUCGACGAGUGCCAGUCGCGGCCCUGCAUGAACGGCGCCACUUGCAACCAGUACGUGGCCUCGUACACCUGCACGUGCCCGCUCGGCUUCUCCGGCAUCAACUGCCAGACCAACGACGAGGACUGCACCGAGUCCAGCUGCAUGAACGGCGGCACCUGCGUCGACGGGAUCAACUCCUACAACUGCUCCUGCCCGCCAGGGUACACGGGUUCGAACUGCCAGUUCCGCAUCAACAUGUGCGACAGCUCGCCGUGCGACAACGGCGCCACGUGCCACGACCACGUGACCUUCUACACGUGCCACUGCCCGUACGGUUACACGGGCAAGCACUGCGAGGCGUUCGUCGAUUGGUGUGAGAACAUGCCGUGCGAGAACGGAGCGACGUGUUCGCAGAAGGGCCCGCAAUACUCGUGCGCCUGCGCACCUGGCUGGUCCGGCAAACUGUGCGACGUCGAAAUGGUCUCAUGUAACGACGCCGCGCUUAGGAAAGGCGUCAAGCUGAACCAGCUGUGCAACAACGGCACCUGCGAGGACAUCGGCAACUCGCACCGCUGCCACUGCCUGGACGGUUACAGCGGCUCCUACUGUCAGAAGGAGAUCAACGAGUGCGACUCCGCGCCCUGCCAGAACGGCGCCCAGUGCAAGGACCUAGUAGGGACGUACCAGUGCCACUGCGCGAAGGGCUUCCAGGGGCAGAACUGCGAGCUGAACGUGAACGACUGCCUGCCCAACCCGUGCCAGAACGGCGGCACCUGCCACGACCUGAUCAACAACUUCUCGUGCUCCUGCCCCUUCGGCACCCUCGGCAAGAUCUGCGAGAUAAACGUGAACGACUGCAAGCAGGACGCGUGCCACAACAACGGCACCUGCAUCGACAGGGUCGGCGGUUUCGAGUGCAAGUGCCCCCCCGGUUUUGUGGGGCCGAGGUGCGAGGGCGACAUCAACGAGUGCCUCUCCAACCCGUGCUCCGGCCCCGGCACGCAGGACUGCGUGCAGCUGAUCAACGACUACCACUGCAACUGCAAGCCGGGCCACAUGGGCAGGCACUGCGACGCGAAGGUCAACUUCUGCGCGAACUCGCCCUGCCAGAACGGCGGCAUCUGCACCGCGAUACAGGGCGGCCACGAGUGCCUCUGCGGCGACGGGUUCUACGGGAAGAACUGCGAGUACUCCGGCUACGCGUGCGACUCGAACCCGUGCCAGAACGGCGGCUACUGCCGAACGUCGGAGAUAGGCGACUACGUGUGCGACUGCCCCUCAGGACUGUCCGGCGUCAACUGCGAGAUCGACUCGAUGAACGAGUGCCUCAGCAACCCGUGCAAGCACCCGGAGGCGCGCUGCAUCGACAAGCCCGGCGACUUCCUCUGCUACUGCCCGAGGCAGUGGACCGGCAAGACCUGCGACAUCCACGACCCGCACUCCCGCGGCGGAUACGGGAGCCCCGUCUCCGGCGUGUACAACAAGAACCCGGCGCUGAAUUUCCAGGAGUUGGAUCUGGCGUUCCAGAGGGAGCAGUGCGUCAAGCUGGGCUGCAAGGAGAAGCAGUCGGACCACCACUGCGACGAGGAGUGCAACACGUACGCGUGCGAGUUCGACGGGAACGACUGCUCGCUGGGCAUCAACCCGUGGGCGAACUGCACGGCGCCGAUCAAGUGCUGGGAGGUGUUCAUGAACGGCGAGUGCAAUGAGGUGUGCAACACGCAGGCGUGCCUGUUCGAUGGCAGGGACUGCCAGAAGUCGCUGCAGCGCUGCAACCCAAUCUACGACGCGUACUGCCAGAAGCACUACGCGAACGGCCACUGCGACUACGGCUGCAACAAUGCGGAGUGCAACUGGGACGGACUCGAUUGCGAGAACGAGCCCCCGGACUUGGCCGAAGGCGUGAUGUCGGUGAUACUGCUGAUGGAUGUGCGCACCUUCAAGGAGAACUCGGUCGCCUUCCUGCGCGACCUGGGCCACCAGCUGCGGACCACGGUGGUGAUAAAGAAGGACCACCUCGGCAACGACAUGGUGUACCCGUGGAAGGGAUCGACGGACGUCGGACUUCAAGACACGGAGUUCGGCAAAAAACACCAGAUAGUGUUCACGGAGAGGGGCCAGUCCGGCGUCCAGGUCUACCUGGAGCUCGACAACCGGAAGUGCUCGUCGAUCUCCGGCGCCGAGUGUUUCUUUUCGACCAGAGAGGCGGCGGAGUUCCUGGCGGCCACCGCCUCUAAGCACUCCCUCUCGCCGGACUUCCCGAUUUUCCAAAUCAAGGGGGUCACGAGGCCGGACGGGCCGGACGAGCUGCCGACGAACUCCAAGUACGUCUUCAUCGGGGUCAUCUUGGUCCUGCUCGCCGGACUGUUGAUCGGCGUCCUCGUGACCGCGCAGAGGAAACGCGCGGCGGGGAUCACCUGGUUCCCUGAGGGGUUCAUCCGCAACAACUCGACCACCAGGCGGCGGUCGAGGCGCCGCGGCCCCGACGGCCAGGAGAUGAGGAACCUGAACAAAGGCUCCAUCGGCUGCAUCGAUGUCGACAUCAACGGCGGGCAUAUGGGGCCUCCCCAUUGGUCGGACGAUGACGACGACGGCUCCGCCCCUCCAAGGGCGAAGCGGGCAAGAGGCCCUGGAGACUCCAAUGGAGCGCCCGGUGGCUACGCUUCAGACCACACCGCCAUCACCGAGUACGAGGAAGCGGGCCACGACUCGAGGGUCUGGACUCAGCAGCACUUAGACGCGGCUGAUAUACGGGUGCCACCGAGUAUGAUGACUCCCCCCGCAAUCCACGACGGGCAUGUGGAUGUAAACGCGCGCGGCCCCCUCGGCAUGACGCCGCUGAUGGUCGCCGCCAUCAGGGGCGGGGGGCUCGACGCCGGCUCCGACGCGGAGGACGAGCAGACCGCGCACAUCAUAUCCGAGCUGGUGGCGCAGGGCGCGCAGCUCAACGCCGCCAUGGACAAGACCGGCGAGACGAGCCUGCACCUGGCCGCCAGAUACGCGCGCGCGGACGCCGCCAAGCGGCUGCUGGACGCCGGCGCGGACGCCAACUCGCAGGACAACACGGGCCGCACGCCGCUGCACUCGGCGGUGGCGGCGGACGCGAUGGGCGUGUUCCAGAUCCUGCUUCGCAACCGCGCCACCAACCUCAACGCGCGCAUGCACGACGGCACCACGCCGCUCAUACUCGCCGCCAGGCUCGCCAUCGAGGGCAUGGUGGAGGACCUGAUCAACGCCGAUGCCGAUAUAAACGCGGCGGACAACAGCGGGAAGACGGCGCUGCACUGGGCGGCCGCCGUGAACAACGUGGACGCCGUGAACGUCCUACUCGUGCACGGCGCCAAUAGAGACGCGCAGGACGACAAGGACGAGACGCCGCUGUUCCUCGGCGCGCGCGAGGGCUCGUACGGCGCGUGCCGGGCGCUGCUCGACGCGCUCGCGAACCGCGAGAUCACCGACCACAUGGACCGGCUGCCGCGCGACGUCGCCCAGGAGCGGAUGCACGACGACAUCGUGCGGCUGCUCGACGACCACUGCCCGCGCCCGCCGCACCACCACCUGCUGCCGUCGCCCAACCCGCACCCGCAGCUGAUCAGCCAGCCGACCGUGAUCUCCAGCGCGAAGGGCAAGCCGAAGAAGCCGCGCGCCAAGCCCGGCCCCGACAGCCCGCAGGAGCAGCCCUACGACAACAACAACCUGCAGCACGCGCAGAUACGACGGAAGCCAAGUGUAAAAAAGAGUAACAAGAAAGUGGCACAAGAAGUGCCGCAGAGCGUGGAAAGCCUAGGCUCAAGCCUAAGUCCAGUUGAAUCACCGCUCCAAAAUUUACAGGACUUGCCGUCGCCGUACGACGCAACGUCGCUGUACUCGAACGCUAUGGCGCAAUUCCCCGGCAUGGAGCAGCUUAUCCAGCACAAGCAGCCGCCCAGCUAUGAGGAUUGCGUCAAGGUAUCGUGUCUGCCCUACAAGACGGGUCAGACGCUGCAGUACGGCGGCGGCGCGCUGGGCGCCUCCCUAUCGCCGCCCUACUCCAACCACUCGCCGACCCACAGCAACCACACCACGUCGCCGCACGCGUACAUAGGGUCGCCGUCGCCGGGAAAGUCGCGGCCGUCCCUACCGACGUCCCCCGCGCACAUGGCCGCUUUACGCCACUCUCACCAGCACCAGCACCAGCUCGACGCCGCCACAUACUCCGCCCUGGCGCACCUCAGUGCUAACGGGCAACACAACGCGCAGCUGCAAGCGGUCAUGACGCACGCGGCGGCGCUCGGACAGGUACAAGGCGGGCAGCAUCCAGCCCUCACCAACAUGAUAUCAGGGAUAGGCCUGUACGGCGGCUGGGGUAUAGGGGACACGUUCCCCACGCCGUCGCCCGAGUCCCCGGACCAGUGGUCCAGCCCGUCACCGCAGACGCCGCUGACCCAGUCGCCCCACUCCGACUGGUCGGAGCGCGCAGCCCUGUCGCCGAACGACAUGCAGCAGGCGAACAAGGGCGCCACCGAGGCCAUAUACAUU